AUGGCUACAACCUCGAUAUUCGGCAGUGGCAUCAGCACCGAUAAACCUGAUUCCCAACCUGAUCCUCAACUCCCGACUACCACAAAUCCUUCGGCCGAGCGGGAACUAGACGAUCUGGAGACAGCUGAGGAGUUUUGCUUUCCACGGGCAGAUCUGCCGAUUAUUAUCAACGUACAAGGCAAACGUGUCAAAGGAAAGGUUUGCUCCCAAUCCAUGUGCUUGGCGAGCAAAGUAUGGCAAAAAUUCAUUUACCCGCCAUUUGGUCCCUCAUUGGUAGCCUCCCCUGCAUCAGAAGGAAGUCAAGAAAGCGCAACUUCUGUUCUUGAUCUCAGCGAAGAAGAUAGCCCGGCUUUACUCAUUUUACUCAGAAUCGCACACCUCCGGCUUCACAUGAUCCCUAAAAGUUUGUCUUUUGAAGAACUACUGAAUUUGGCAGUUCUUGUAGACUUUUGCGACAACAUUGAGCUAGUAGAUCCCUGGGUCUCCCGAUGGCUACCUAGUGAAGAUUCAGAGUGUGAUGCGACUUGGGACUGGGAAUGGCUGUUCAUAUUCUGGGUUUUUGGUCGAGUUCACACCUUCAUAAAAUUGGCAAAAAGCGUAAUAAAAGGCUGUACCAACGCUCGUGUCACUCUUUCUACACAGGGCGCCAAAACUACCGGCGAAAUGAAACUGCCUCCUCACUUAUAUGGUGCGUUAAACCUGACAGACAAGUUGGUAAGAGCUAACGACCCAGCUAGACAGUAUCAAUAAGUGCUACUGGGAGCAAGUACAGAAACUCAUCGAUGUUCCAUAUUCUCUGGCGGACAGUUACCAUAGCUAUUACUCCAGCGCCAGCAUUCACGUCCGAACAGUCAAAUGUCAAAAGAACUCGGCUGCAUGCGAUGCAACCAUCUAUGGAGCCUUGGUAUUAAGCCUUAUGAGACUUAAUUUAUGGCCUCAAAAGGACCCCAAAGAGGUUUUUGUCGCUAUCCCUAGGCUGGGAGCGGACUUAAGAGUUUUGGGUUUGAAGCUAUCGCCUCAAGGGGUGGGAUGGAACGUUGCAGACAUUAUCCACGAAUCUAGUAUUCCCGAUAUCUGGAGGGCGGUAUCUGCUAUUCUCCAAGAAGACGUUAAUCCCUUUCUCGAUUCUCAUAUCCGACACAUGGAGACUCAGAGAAAAAGAUUGGACCGACAAAGCCAGUCAUUCUUUUAUGGGAGAGAUUCCUUGACUUCACUGUCCGGAUUUGACACCAGUUAG